GACGCAACGCGCAAAGUUGACAAGUACGAAUACACGUGUGUACUGUGUAAUAUGUAAACACUAAACAGUUGUUGAGGACUUGAAGUUGUUUUAGUUGGUGUUGUGUGUUCCGUAGGAGUAAGUGUUGAGAAACAGUAUUUACCACGCAACGAAAAUGAGUUUCGCGCGUUUCAAAGAAGUGAUAGAAGAAGACGAUACCGUUAUACUUUAUGUCAACGUUAACAGCAUGCAUGCUUUGAAAGUGACACCACAAAUAAAAAAUAAAAAUGGGGCUCUUGUGUCAAAUGUUUUCCAAACUGUUUAUGGCGCAUUAAAAGUAGAUUCUCUAAUUGGUAAAAAAUUUGGAAGCAAAGUUAAAUUAACUAAAGGAUGGGUAUACGUACUUCACCCAACACCGGAAUUGUGGACGUUAACUUUACUUCAUAGGACACAAAUCAUAUACACACCGGAUAUUAGUAUGAUAAUUUUUCAGUUGGAGCUAAAGCCGGGAAGUAUAGUUAUUGAAGCAGGAACUGGAAGUGGCUCGCUCUCUCACGCCUUGAUCCGAACAAUAAAACCUUCAGGACAUUUGUUUACAUAUGAUUUUCAUGCUGCUAGAGUCGACGUAGUUCGGGAAGAGUUUAAGGAGCAUGGUUUGUCAGAGUAUGUAUCUGUUGAACACCGUGAUGUCUGUGAGGAUGGUUUCGGAGCGGCUGUUACAAAUCGUGCAGACGCAGUAUUCCUUGAUUUGCCAAAGCCUUGGGAUGCAGUACCUUAUGCAGUUGCGGCUUUUAAACAAAUCGGCGGCAGAUUUGUAUCGUUUUCACCGUGUAUAGAGCAAGUGCAAAACACGUGCAAGGCUUUAAGUGAGAAUGGAUUUUUCGAGAUAGUAACAAUGGAAUGUUUGCUUAAAGAACUGAAUGUGCAAGUACGCGCCAUGCCCAUUUUGAAUAUAGGAACAAAAGAAGCAACCUCACAAAAAACUUACAAUACUGCUUCCCCUGGACUUUCAGUGUGUGGUCAUUCUGGCUACAUUACAGCAGCGACGCUACCACCUCGCCAAGAUUGAGUUGUUCACUGGAAUCACUGUACUGUAGUGAACGUCAUAAGUGCUAACGUUUAAAUUUUUCAGGGGAACAGUGGCUGUUUCAACCACAAUCAGUGGUAGGAAAUGGAUUAGUAUUUUCUCUCAACAAAAUUUUUCUAAUGGCUGACAACCCGAUCGACUAAAAGUUUUUAAAUUGUAAAAACUGUAAUAAGUGUUCGAACUUGUUUAGUAAUCAUUUGGUUUCCAAUACUGAUACUUAUCUAAGCGCAGGAGUACAGUUAUGAAAUAAGUUAAAAGUCAUGAGCAUUGUAUGAAGUAGUAGAAAUAUGCAAUUGUGAAAGAAAUAAAGCAGUGUUUCGUUAACCUAUCAGUAUAAAGUAUACAGACUGAACAGAGUUCAGUAACAAAGUAGAUCAAGCUACUGUGAAUAUGAAU